AUGAGAGCCUACUUAGAUCACAGGCACAAUGGCAUCCACUCUCGGUUAUUGGUUCAGCACAUCAACACAGAUGGGAGUGUGGAACUGCAGGACCUGGAAAAACUGGCUCAUACCAAGACUGAUGCUAGUGAAUUGAAUGGCGUAUAUCAGUUAUUUAGUGAUUUUCUCUUUCUCUUCACAGUUCAAGUCUUGGUUGAUGGUGCCCCCGUUCGUAUCCAGUUGUGGGACACUGCAGGACAGGAAGACUUCGAUUGCCUCCGCUCUCUCUGUUACUCUGACACAGAUGUCUUCCUGGUCUGCUUCAGUGUUGUAAAUCCCACCUCCUUCCAAAACAUUACAGAAAAAUGGAUUCCAGAAAUAAGAACUCACAAUCCCCAAACACCAGUGGUGCUAGUAGGGACACAAGCUGACCUGAGAGAUGAUGUCAAAGUAUUAAUCAGCCUGAAUCGCUACCAUGUAAAACCUGUGCCAAGAACACAAGCAGAAGGCCUGGCUGAAAAAAUCCGGGCUCAGACUUAUGUAGAGUGCUCUGCUUUGACUCAAAAGAACCUGAAGGAGGUUUUUGACACAGCCAUUGUUAGUGCAGUUGAAUUCAAAGCCCAGCAGGAAAAGAAAAUGACAGCUAAAGGAAUCAAAACUCUUUCUAAAUGCCGAUGGAAGAAAUUCUUCUGCUUUGUUUGAAACUGACUCCAGUAAGAAACAUUUGUAAGCCAAAGUAGCCUGGAGCUCAAGCUCUUGUUGGAUUAUGGCGAAACUUACCUGGGAGCCAAAAAGGAGAAGUGUAGCAUCAAAUGGUCCAUGCUACCUUCAGACAUCUGGGACGGGAUGGUCUGAUGCUGAUGUACUGAGUCCAGCAGCCAAGUUAAUUUAUAUAUACGUAUAUUUCAGGCAAAAUGACCAGUUUUUACAGCUUUUGAAGGCUUGACAGCAUAUUAAUUGAACAAAUUAAUUAAAUCUGGGAGUAGCAACAUCAACUUGCCUACAAGACACGAGAGCAGGGAAAGUUGAAUGACACUUGAUUUAAUGUUUCAGUUAUAAAUUUGAGAGUUAUAUCUCAUUUUCAAGUCAUAAUAAUGAAUAGAGGAUUAAUGCAUAAAUUUAAUGCAAAACCAAAAAUUUCACUUCAACCCUCUUAAAAGUGGAAGAAAGUAAAAUAAGCCCUCAAGAUAUAAUUGAGGAUUAAUUCAUGUUUGGGGUGAAGAGUGGUUAUGUCGCAUCCUUAAAAUAAUAUUUCCCAAUGAAAUUAUGUGGGAAAAUGCUCAAAAAUGACGGUGUAAUAUAGUGGUAUUCUAAGAAUAUUUGGAUUCAUAUGUGAAAAGCAUACUACAAACUGAAAUAUUGCAGAAAAUAUGUGGUUAUAUAUGUGCGUAUAUUUGAGUGUGAAAUAAUUUCUGAACAUUUUCAACAGGAAUGCAGUCUGGGAUCCACUGAAAAGACUGAUGCAUGAUUUGCUUUGAUGUAAACUUUCUGUGUGAACAAACUUUCUCAUUCAUUUUUAAAGUCACCCUUAGAAAGUAUGAUUUUAGCAUAAUCAAAACCUGUUCAAACUAAAUUCAAGAUUAAAAGUCCAGCAGCUCUGAGUAUGCAUUCUUUUUCCUCCCUAAAUUAUGCCUUGUUCAAAUAUUCUUAGAUUUUCCAUGCUAGGCAAACCGAUACUGUAUUGUCUAUUUUAAUAAGAUGCCACCCAGUACCAUGCCAAUAAUUUAGGUGGAAGGAAAUUUGCAGUUCUUGUUAUAUCUUUAUAUCAGGAAUUGGGCCCUAAAUCAAAUCCCUUUGUAUUUCACUGCUAAUACUGAAGGCUUAAUGUUCCCUCCCUGAAACCUGUAGCAGAAUAAUCAGGUUUACCAAGUUAGCAAUUAAUAUUUAUGUUGUGUAACUAUUACAGCUAGAUGAAGUUUACAUCUGAGAUGGAAAGAUAACCACACACAAAAAGACUGAAUUAAAAGAACAAUCUCAAAGGGAACAUAUGACACCGUAUUUUCCAAAAUUAUAAAGCAGCUUCCCUAACCUGAUGUUCUCUGCUGUAGGUUUAUUGGGAUACAAGGCCCAUAAAACUACAACCCAACUAUAAUGAAUGUGUAUAAUGGGAAAAUAGUCCAGGACAUCUGAAGAGCAUUAAGUGACAAAAAGUGUUCCCUGGAUAUUGAUAAUG